AUGGAUCUCAACGGCUUAGCCAAACUCCAGACCGAAGGGGUAAAUCCCCGGACGGUCAAUAUCGAUCGCAUAUCGACAUUGGAGAUGUGUUCUGUGAUAAAUAAUGAUGAUCAUCUGGUCGCAGAGAGCGUUGCGCCGUGUCUACCAGUGAUCGCGGACGCAAUCGAUGCCCUGGCUUUGCGCGUUGGUCAAGGCGGCAGGGUGGUCUAUGUUGGAGCAGGAACAAGUGGAAGACUCGGGAUCUUGGAUGCGUCGGAAAUCCCGCCUACCUUUGCUGCCCCCCGGUCUCAAUUUGUCGGUUUGAUCGCCGGCGGAGACGUUGCUAUUCGUCAGGCUCAAGAGGGCGCCGAAGAUGACGGGGAAGCUGGUGAAGAGGAUUUAAGGCGUUUGAAACUCGAUCAUAAGCUAGAUAGUGUGAUCGGCAUUGCCAGUUCAGGCCGCACACCAUAUGUCCUCGGAUGUCUUGCCUUUGCCAAACGGCUAGGCUGUGUCACAAUUGGCGUCGUUUGCGCCUCCCCAUCGGCUUUGAGUCACUCUGGCAAUGUGGACUACCUGAUUGCUCCGUUACCUGGCCCAGAAGUGGUCACCGGGAGCACUAGACUCAAAGCUGGAACGGCCACAAAAAUGGUCCUGAACAUGCUGAGCACGGGAACUAUGAUUCGGACCGGGAAAACUUAUGGAAAUAUGAUGGUUGAUAUGGUGGCGUCAAAUCUCAAACUUGAGCAACGCGCUCGGAACAUUCUGCGCAGACUCAGUGUGAAAUGCAAUAAUUUAUCGGAUGCCGACUUGGACUCACUUCUUGCGAAGUGCAAUGGGAGUGUCAAGCUUGCAAUUCUCGUUGCUGAAACAUGUGGAUCCGUUGAGAGCUGCCGAGAAACUUUGACAUCGGCUGGGGGUGUUCUCGCUAAGGCUUUGACCGAAGCAUCUCAGCCUGCAGACAAGUGCUUACCAGAGAACCGGCAAUUUGUGUUGUGCAUCGAUGGCGGUGGAACUAAGUGUGCUGCUGUCGUGGGAGAUAAAGAUGGCGUUGUGAGCCAUGGGUUUGCCGGGCCAUGCAAUAUUACGGAUAACGUCAGCGAUGUGGAAGUCGUCAUGAAAACACUGGUUACAGCGACCAAAGCCGCACUGAAAGAACAUAUACCCCCAAAUGAGCUAACAGAUUCGGACUGGAAGGCACAACUCAAAAGAUCUUUUCGAUCAGUCUGGAUCGGUCUAGCGGGAAUGGAUAGGAGCGGCCUAUACAACGUAUUAGCCCCCAAGCUUGGUGAAUUAUUCGGGCUAGAUCACACCACACCCGCCCUUAAGUUAACCAACGACGUAUCCUUGUUGACUGCGGCAGCUUCAUCGAACCAAAGCCGUUCCGUGAUUGUCGUGAUUGCAGGCACCGGGAGCGUGGUAAUGCGGUACAACUGGAUCAAGGACCAGGGCUAUACCUGCGUUGCUCGAGCUGGCGGAUGGGGCCACCUGUUGGGUGACGAGGGUGGAGGCUAUUCCAUCGGCCUUGAAGCUAUCAAACACACACUGGAAGUGUUAGAGGAGAGAAGUCUGGGUCUUGAACCAAAAGAAUCGGGCGAAUUUGAACGAGCUGUGAUUGGACGACUGGGCGGCUGCACCGAGAAAAAUGAUAAUAUUGACCUUUUAAGCGAGAUUCUCUCGCAGCCUCGUGCGCAGAGUGUCAAGUCUCGCAUUGCUGGCGUCGCGGAGACAGUACUGAAGCUGGAAGGGAACCGCACGGCAAAGGUUAUAAUGGAAGAUAAGGUGGCUUCUAUCAUUCAAAAGCCCCUUCGUCGUCUCGUUGAUUCCAGAUCCAGUGGUUUUGUCGCACCUGAGGGGACAGAGUUAGUAUUGGCUGGUGGGUUGAUGAAGGAUGAGGGAUACCAAAAUGCUAUGAGACAGCAAAUUGCUCAGCAAGGGCUCCACUUCCGGGGAAUCAGUGUGAUUGAUGAUGUUGCGGUGAUGGCAGUUAGAUAUUUGAUGUCUCAAUGA